AUGGCGGUUAAUGGAAAUGUCAGUUUUAGAGGAGAAGGCCUUAAUAACCUUGUAUUAACGUGUUCUGGGGAUAAAAAAGUAUACCGAUUGAUGAAAAAGAAUACAAUAGUUUCACAUCAAGAUCACAACAAUCAUUCUGAUAAGGAAAGGACAGAGAAGAUCAAACAGAUCCUAGAGAACCAAGUAGAAUAUGUCGAACAUGUGAUCAGACCACAGAUUUUAAAACAGUUUAUAGCUGUACAUAAAAUUGUUACCCUCCCCGAUGGUUUUGCAGAAACUAUAGAAUCAGACAUAGCAGAUGGGAGACCAGUGUUUAGGUCUCAGAGUUUAAACAGUAACCAUAACUGCCAUAAAACCAUAGACCCUGCCACCAAAUGUGCUGUCAUGUUACCAGAUCUUUGUUUUGUUACUGAUGUAGAAAGUAACCAGUGCUUGUCUGACGACUGUCCUGACAGACCUACCAUUAGUGUUGAAAUCAAGCCAAAAAAAGGGUUCAUGCCAGAGACUGGCAGCCUUCCUGAAGAAAGUGCAAUAAAAUACAGUGUAUGUAAAUUUUGUAUACAUCAAAGACUGAAGGCAAAAGAGGGAAGAUGGACAAAGACCAGCCAUUAUUGUCCGAUUGAUCUGUAUUCUGGAAACAGAGACAGAAUGAAACAUGCCCUGUAUGCCAUGUGUGAGACUCCACAGAAUAAUCUGAAAAUGUGUAUGAAUGGUGAUGAAGUAUAUGGUAAAAAUGUAAAACAUGAUUUGAGAGCAGUUCUGAAGGAAUUCUUUGGUGAUAAAAAUACAAAUGGAAUCAAAAAGCAGUUAAUUUUGUCAGAAUUCCUAGAUUUGAUUUUAGAUGCAUUGUUACAUGUUCCUGUGCAGACCAAUGGCCACUCUUCAUUGUUACAUGUUCCUGUGCAGACCAAUGGCCACUCUUCUGGCAACAAAUCAGACCCUGGUCCAUCAAAUGGAUUGGAAACCACUGAAGCCAAAGGUCCCUUAUGUAGUCAUAAAACAGAAUACUCAUUGAAACCUCGUUCUCCCGACGGUCUCCCACAAACCUCCAACAGUCCAGUUGUAAACGGGCAUACCCACCAACCAUGCCAAAAGUGUUCACAAAGUUCUUAUCAUUUAUUUAAUGAUGAAAAUUUUAACCUACCACAUACAUGUAUAUUAGGACAAGUUUUAGCAGUACAAUCUUUAGACAAAUUAGAUAUAGAAUGUGUAUACCCCUUGUUUCUGAAGGUCAAGGAACAUUUAAAACAACAUCCAAAAGACGGUGAUAAAUGGAGUUUAUUUGGACCUUUUAAAGAAGACUCCUGGCUACGACCAUGUAUAGACACUGUGAUAGAAGAUAAGGAAUCUUUGGAAUAUGCUGUAGAUAUGGUGAAGAGACACAACGUAUCAAAAACGUUACAAGAUUGUUCUUUAAUGGUGGCAUUACAGAGAUUGGAAAGUUCAUCUGACUACAAAGGUCCACUUUUAACAGAUUGUCAUGGUAGACAGUACAAGUUCUCGGUCAGUAUUAUAGAUCUGGACUAUAAACCAUUCAACAAAGUACAAAAGUGGCAUGAUCUAGAGCGAGAAAUGUUAAAGGCUUACAGAGAAAAAGAACAAUUACACCGGUGUGGGCAACCUAGUUCUUCAGUAUGAUGAAAGCUUCACAAGCAUUAGAUAGCAAUUGGUUUUGCGUGGUUGUUAGUGUGGAACCUUUAUUUAUUCUACAAAGCCUUUUACUGGUUGUAUGCAUUUUUACAUUGUGUUCCCAAUAGAUUAUUUUGUUCAUUGUUAGCCUAAUGAUUUGUAUUGUUCUUGUUUUCUAUGUAAUUAUGUAACAACAUAUAAUGUUGGAUUGUAGACUGUGUGUUAUGAAUCUUAUAAAGAACAUUGAUUGCUUUACUUUAUUUAACAUUCAUUUUUUUAACACCCAUAAUGAAAUAGAUAACCUUUCAAUUAAAGGGUUUUCUUUUCAUUUUUGUAACACAAAGACAAGUUUUAGUUAUCGAAUCAUGCUUUGCAUAUAGCAAUGGGCUUCCUAAUGCAUUAGUAUCUGGUUUCCAUGAGAAUGGCAACAAGUUUAUUAAAGGGAUGUAAUUUCCCACCAGAUUGGCUUUUAGUGUAAUUUAUAACAUUUUUACAAGGUGAAACUGGUUAUAAUAUGAAUUAUGUUAAGAGUUAUUGUGAUAUAUUUUUAUCAAUAUUUAAAAUGUAGAAUGUUUUCUUCCUAUUUGAAAUCCUAUUGAUUGUUGUUAUUGUUGAUAUGUGAUACUUGUACAUUUUACUUUUUAAUCUGAGCUUUUCUUGUGCAAACUAUCUUUUAUACUAUUCUGCUAUAAAUUGGUGCUACUUGUGACUAUUCUGUUGUAAGAUAAUCUCUUGUUGUCUAGGGUAAUGUUUAUAUUGCUCAAAAUUCUGUCAGCAGAAGAACGCUUUAAUUAUAAGGAAAUCUUGUAAUGAACCGGCCUGUUAUUUAUAACAGAGAAUUGGUUAUCUGAAUCAGUAGUAUUUUCUGUAUUAGUGCUGAUAACUGAUGAUAAUGAUAAUUAUUAAGUUUGUUACUUAGAAUUUAAAAAGGGUAUAAAUAAUGAAAUCAAAUCCGCUAUCAAUACUCCCAUUUUAUAUUUAAGAAAACAGGGUCAUUAUUCUAGAAAAUUAUUUUUGUUGUUUAGAUAUUGCAUAUAGUUUCUUUAAAUCUUAUAGAACCAUUACCAACAUUCAUGCUAUUUCACUUUCUUCAGUUUUAAAACACUUAUCCAUUAGCCCCAUUGCUUUCUAUGUUAAGUUCUACAAUUUGACUGCUUUGUUCAAAUAAGUUCACAUAAAAUGGCAGUCAUUUCAUGUCAAAACUAUACCUUAUCCUGACUUGUGCUGAAAUAUUCAACAUACAUUUGAUUGCAUCUUAGAGGGUACUGGUUCCUGAAAGUUAGAUACUACAAAAACAGGUAUUUCUGAUCUGAACAACAGGGCAAAUGUGCCCUCCUAUUAUAAUUAUUUAUUCUUUUUUAUUAUUCAAAAGAAUCUUUCAACAAGGGUUCUACAGUGAUCCCAAGUCCCUAAGCUUUCAUUUGAUACCAAAACUACUCAAAUAUUUCACCUUUUGACAAAGAUACAGCUAUGCGUAGUAACUAUUUUGUUUAAAAUAUGUACUACUUUCUUGUAUGUUCUUUCCGAUUGGGCCUGAAUUAUUGGUUUUAUACUUUUAUGCAGUAAACUUAUUUAUUCUAUAUAAAGCAUGCUGAAAUGAUGUGUUGAAUAUAGAUUUUUUGUGUAGGAAAUUUCCAAACAUAGUUAAUAUGCCUUCAUUGCCUUGCCCUCAUUAAGUAUUUUGAAGGACCUAAGACUCAAUAAUGAUUUAUUUAUUAAGUUGUAUAUUUAUACUGUUUUAUGUGUGAAUCAGAAGUCAUUGUCACUAGUUAGAUAUUAGUACCUUGUUUUUUUGUUAAAAGUAUACAAGUUCUACAAGUUCUAGUCAUUUGAGAUACAUAAUGUCUGUUGAUGUAUAAAUCAUUAAAUGAUAAUCUAAAAGAAUGUCAUAAAAAGCAUUGCUUUAUAUAUUACAUGCACUAUGUAUGCUUUGGUGUUAUGUUUUAGUUAUUAUUUUUUUAACUGGUUUUAAUUUUAUUUCUUCAUCGAAUGAAUAUGAUCAGUUACCUUAAACAACAUAUUUUCCAUUUAAUUUAAUUUUAGAUAUAAAGAUGAAUUUUUCAAACUUUUAUCGCAUAUGGAUAUACUAUGUACAAAAUUGAAUUAAAUUGUGGGGAAUUCGGCUAGAAAGGGCUAAAAUUAUAAAAAAUAACUGCAUCAAAAGUUUGUCAAAUAACAUGGUCAUCACCAAGGUAACAUUAUUGUUGAGAAUAUUAACCAGAAAGCAUGUAUUAUUUUUUUUCUCGACUUUUACAUGGGUUGAUGUAAUAUUUACUCCUAUUUUGGUACUUUAAUAUGAAUGGAUAUGUAUUAACAAUUUUAAAACUAUAGUAAUAAAACUUAAAUGCAAAAACACAAAUUUAAAUGCAAUAAAUGCUAUGAAGUACUGAUAACCAUUACAUAGUGGUAUUAAUAGUAAAUUAAAAUGACUAAUACAGAGUUUAAAAUAAUUACAUAUCUUACUGCAAAGUAGACUUUUGCAGUCUGGCAUUUUAAGGCAAAGGCAUUUUAUAGUUUUAUAAAAAUUAAUGAUAUUAAAGGUUAAAUUUUAUUUUGACCUUUUCUUCUCAGGUGUUUUAUUUUUCAUUCAGACUUUACUUUAUACCAAAUUUAACUCUAAAAAUUUACAGCACUCGACAAAAAUGAAAAACGGUUCAAUUCUAAUGAUUUCUAUAAUGUCAAAUUUUGUUUUACAUGUAUUUGCCUACUAAUGUCUUCAAACUUUCUGUAUUUUAGAAAGUUACAAAAACAAAACCACUGUCAAAAUAACCUUUAUUUGAACCAUUAAUUUAUUUAAAUAUGAGCAACAGCUUUAUCAAAAAAAAAAUAGUUGUCUAAAAAAAUGUCUUAUACAAAGUAGAUAUAAGAGUAAAGGUGUUACCAACAUGCUGUGUUGUAUAAUCCAUCCUUUUUUUUAUCAUAGGUUAAUAACAUUUGUUACAAUAGAAAAUAGGGAUAAAAUUGUGUUUGGCCAAAUAGUAUUAGCCUCAAAAAUAAGGCAAGACGUAAAUAAACAGUGCACUCAUAUUAUCUCUCUUACGGGUUUGUUUAAUAACCAUGACUAUCCAUGAACCUAUCUCAUGGUUCUUUGAUCACCUUUACAUGUGUUCUUUCCUUCAAUCUUUAUCAUAGAUUUCCUUUUGUGUUCUGUUUUAUAAAUUAAGAAAUCAUUACUGUGGCAUUUACUGUUAUAUGUAGAAUAUCAAAUUCUCAUGAAAGACAAAAUUUGAAAAUAUUUGUUUUAGAUAAAUGCAAAUUUCAUAAGUUGAAAUUAAUUAAAGUUAUUUAUGCAAGUUGUUUGAUAUGUAAAUAUUUACAUAGAUUUCAAUAUAGACUUUGACAUACUUUAUGCAAAUGUUGCAUUCAAAUGCAUCCAAUAGAAAUCAGGAAGACAUAGAUCAAGUUUUACCCACCUGAGAUUUAUUGUAAUGUAUUCUAUAAUAUCUGUAUGAUUCUGUAUACAAUGCUCCGGUGUGUCAAAUUAAUUCUGUGUCUUUAGCAGUAAUAUAUAUCCCUUCUGUCAACAAGACAAGUAUCUCUCUUGUUUUGAUGUCACCAUUAUGUGUUAUCUAAAUGCUAAGUAUUUUCUAUACUAUAUUAUCUAUACAUGAAUUUGUUUUAAAUUUUUAAAAGUGCUGAUUAUAGAGUUUGACCUUAAUAUAUAUUCUCCGAUCUAUAAUACCAAAUGUCACAUAAUACUAUGGUGCAGUUUACCUACAUAUGUGCUAAAUAAAAAAUUUGCAACCUUUUACAA